AUGAAGAGAAUAAAUGAAAAAGGAAUUGGUGAUAUCAUUAAUGUCAGCGAUGUAAUGAUGAAAAGAAAUUUUGACUCAUUAUUUACAAAACCGAAAACAGAAUAUAGUCUUUAUGACGUAAUUACCGAAUUAAUGAAAAAGAUUAAUGAUAAUAAGAGUUCUGGCGGAAGAGUUGAAUUAGAAGUGAAUGACGUUAAUGAGAAAUUAGCCGAAAAAGCAGACAAAAAUGAGCUUUUAGCUCUGAGUGAUAGAGUCAAGAACCAUGUUCAUUAUAUAACUUCAGACGAACAGAUUAUAACGGAUUACCAUGGAUAUUUAACACAGGAUGAAAAAGUGAAGACGGAAGAUGUUAAUGAAAGAAGAUAUAAAUACAUUUGUGCUAAAGGUUAUGACAUAAGCUGUACUGUACAGUAUGACACAGGUAAAGCACAAGAAGCAUUUGGUUAUAACUAUGAAAUAUAUGCCUCUAGUUUCUUUGUUAACGGUGUAUUAGUUGAACCAAAAUUUACUUUGAGAGUUAAGGCAAAAAUAACUUUUGAAGAUGCUAUUAAAAGUAAAGCUGACAAAGAUGAACUUGACGCAACGAACAAAGUUUUGAAAUCUCAUAAACACAAUAUCUCCGAUAUAAAUGAACUUCAAGCUACAUUAAAUAGUAAAGCUGACAAGAACCAUACACAUAAAUCCUUCACUACUGUUAGAGCAGACGACAUAAUAUUGAACUAUACCCUUGGUUCAAGUGCACCUUUAGAGAAUCCAAGUACAAGCGUAAAAGAUACACUAAACUCCUUAAAUAACAAAUGUAUGAAUAUCGAAGGUCAUGUCAGAAACUUUGAAACACAUGAACUACCAGCAAUGUUAGAUAAGAAAGCUGACAAAAAUCAUACACAUAAAUCCUUCACUACUGUUAGAGCAGACGACAUAAUAUUGAACUAUACCCUUGGUUCAAGUGCACCUUUAGAGAAUCCGAGUACAAGCGUAAAAGAUACUCUUAACAAUUUAGAUAACAGAUGUAUGAACAUUGAAGGUCAUGCCAGAAACUUUGAAGCAUAUGAACUACCAGCAAUGUUAGAUAAGAAAGCAGACAAAACAGAGCUUCAAACAUUAAAGACUGAAAUACUUCAAACAUUAUAUCCUAUAGGCUCUAUUUAUACGUCAAUGAACUCAACAAAUCCAGAAACAGUUUUAGGUUUUGGUAUGUGGAAGCAGAUUGUAGAUAAAUUCUUAUACUGUGCUAGAUAUUCAAAGCAAACAGGAGGUUCGAAGAAAAUUAAAGAAGCAAACCUUCCACCGCACACUCAUACAGGAACGACAAACACAACAGGUAAUCGUACACAUUCAAUAACAAAAAGAGGUUUUACAAAUCUUGCAGCAGGUUCAGAUAGACAGGGAAUGAAUAGAUAUGAUAUUUCAAGUGACCCAGUAGAUUCAAGCGCAGGUAUUUUCUAUGGAACCACAGGAAAUCAUUCACACACUUUCACAACAAAUCCAACAGGCUCGGGUGCAGAUUAUAUGCCACCAUUUGUGACUAUAUUCGCAUGGUACCGCGUUCAAUGA